AGCAAAGUACUGUAUUGUUGAUCGGCUGGAGUCGACAGCAUCUCGGGUGCAUCAGUGGCUGUGACUUGCGUCAUGAAUCGAAAAGCGCGCCGUGUUUUGAAAUUCAACGGAGACAACAACUACCUAGUCACAUAUCGGUACAUAGAUGAUGGCGACCUGCUUUUUCCCGCCCAGAGCCUCCUAUCCUUAAACCGUCCCUCCUGAUUUCUGUAUACGCCUCUAUAUACGCCGCGCCGCUUCCUGCUUUCGCCUGAUGUUUAUCUCUGGACACGACUGUCCGCCUGUAUAUUCUUUCUCUCGCCAUGCCACAUGUCUCGUCGCACGUACAUGACACCAAGCUAAACGCUGCCGGCGACUCGACCCAGUCGACGUCCAAGGCCGAGCCAGCCAUCGAGUUCGCACACCAGUCCGAGCGUCUUGCCCAAUACACACCCGACCAAGAACGAAAACGCAAUUCCGAUCCCACCCAGGCUGUCGAAGCCAAAUUCGUGACAGCUCAGGAUCCUGUCAUUGUUACGGCCAACGGCAGUCGACUACCAGCGGUGCCCAUCGACGAGGCUCUAAAACUCAAUAGACUGAAAGAUCGACUCGAAGACCGUCAGACAGAUGGACGCAUCCCUGUCAAAUACAGCACCCGCCAGGCCAGAGAUGGUACCACCCAUGGUAUCCUCGAGAGUGAAUCUGGAUGCCAGAGCAGCGAGCCGAGCGCGCCCCUGAGAGAAGCUGUGCCCCCUUCACGGACGAAUCCAAUGUUCCCGCCUCUGCCUACUUAUGGCCCUCCGAGUUUUCUAAGAACGCUUCACUGCUGUUUCUUUAGAACCACAAGCUCUGUGCUGUCUUUCCUAUUUCUCCUGAUCAUUGUCCUAGGUGCAGCCUUCACGAGCAUCCCACUCGCUUUCGAACACGUUCGACUGCGUCUUCAAUUCAAAAAUCCGGACAAGAGACGGCCAUUCUUCGCAGAAGAGCAACGACGCAAGAAAGCGCGUGCAGACGCCAAUCGUGAUUGGGCAAGAGUCAAACCGCCAACGAGUCCGGCUGAAUUAGAGACAUCUCCUCCGCAGGAUGGUGAAUUUGUCCCUACCGAGGGUGGUCCGGACCCGUUAGUCUGUGACGUUAGAUAUUAUGCUCGACGCGUAGGUCUGGAUGUUGAGAUGUUUGAUGUUGAGACUGAAGACGGUUUCAUUAUCGAGCUAUGGCACGUCUACAACCCAAGAGAGUACCGCCAACCGUCACCGGCUGCACAUGGACCUCACGGGCCUGAUAUCUUUACAACCACGCCUUCAGACCCGGAAUUUGGCGAGGCCGAACGCGCCUUUCCACCAGGAAGCAAAAAGUACCCGAUCCUCAUGAUUCACGGUCUUCUACAGUCAGCCGGUGCAUACUGCUGCACUGAUGAUGAUAGCCUUGCUUUCUAUCUCGCCAAAAGUGGCUACGACGUCUGGCUUGGUAACAACAGGUGCGGCUUCAACCCUCGACACACCUUGCUCGAGUACGCCGAUCCGCGCAUGUGGUCAUGGAAUAUUCGUCAGAUGGGCGUCUUGGAUCUUCCUGCUCUCAUCUCACGUGUACUUGCGGAGACCGGUUUCCCCAAAUUAGGUUUGGUAUGUCACAGUCAAGGUACAACGCAGACUCUUGUCGCACUUGCGAAAGAGCAGCGUCCAGACAUUGGCGAGAAGAUCUCAGUCUUUUGCGCAUUGGCCCCAGCCGCCUAUGCUGGGCCAUUGAUUGGAAAAGCAUACUUCAAGUUCAUGCGAGUCAUCAACCCCAACUUCUUCCGCUGCAUCUUUGGCAUCCACGCUUUCAUUCCGUUUAUGAUGCGGAUGCACACAAUACUUCCAGCGAAAUUCUAUGGUGCAAUGGGCUACCGUGUCUUCGCCUUCCUCUUUAACUGGACUGACACUCGGUGGGAGAUGGACCUGCGCGAUCGCAUGUUUCAAUUUGCACCCGUCUACGUCAGUGCCGAGAGCAUGCGUUGGUGGCUUGGAAGGGAGUGCUUUGCGAAGCAGAAAUGCAUUCUCGCUACCAGGGAGGAGGGCCGCAUGGAAGAUGAAGAAGACGAGGAAGAGGACGAAGUCAUUCGCCGGUAUUACGAUGGAGAACAUACUGAAACGGAAAAGUCCCCUGACCGAAGUGGCGAGGAACGACCUACAAGAGAUCAACUCGGUCUCCCUCACCAAGAUCGAGACAAGAGCGAAGAGCGAGGCAAGUAUGCCUGGUACAACGAACAGUUCCCACCUCUUGCCAUGUGGGUUGCCGGUAAUGAUGAUCUGGUCGAUGGUCGUCGUCUCCUGCGACGCUUCGAUCGUGGCCGUGAGCCUCAUGUCAAUGUCGUACAUAAGAAGAUCAUCGAAGGGUACGAGCAUCUCGAUGUCAUCUGGGCUAUGGACGUGAUCGAAAAGGUGGGCAAAGAAGUUAAAGACGUCAUUUGGGCCACAGCAUCAGAGGAAGCACGCAGGCAGUGUCGGACACCAAUCGGCUGUGAAGAACAAAUCUCACAUGACCAGGAAAAGGCAAACGGUGACCUAGCAGACAGCUUCCACGACGAAAGGAGCCCACGUGAGAUGGGCGUGGACGUCAGCAAAGCGAACACCGAAACCAGGAACCAUGGCCCAGUGAGCCCUACUCAAGUCGACACAACCGCCGGAGAAUGGAGCAACGACUUGAAGCAUGACAGAAGGGAGGCCAAGACCAACUCACAGGAGUAAAACUAGACUGCUAUUCUUUAUUUGGCUAGAACGGCUCUGCAUUGGAAGGAUUGUUAAUGGGUUGUGUUUUGCAUUGCUGAUGUUCUUGUUGUUGGUUUGUUGCAUUUUUAAAGAUAUCCCCAUCGUUCACUAUACCACCACUAGUUAAAUGAUCAUAUAAUGUUUCUGCCUCAUCAAGAGAA